AUGCCUGAUGAACACCCCUCCAAAUGUCCAAACCUUCAAUCUGAAGAGAUAGAUCGUGAUCCAGGAACACGUAAACAAAUAUGUGAAUUUCCUAUCAAUAAACAAGAUAAAAUCCGACGAGCUUAUCUCAUAGAGGGUCCAUACCAACCUGAAAAUAUAGUCUGUCCAUACAAUGAUGAUACUCAUCGUCGUCGAUUUAAACCUUCAUGGUUUGAUUCACAUAAGACUUGGUUGGAAUACUCACCUACAACGGAUGCAUUAUAUUGUCUACCUUGCUACCUUUUUAGUAAGAAACCAAUAGGUCGUCCCGGAUCAGAUGUAUUCAUUUCAACAGGUUUUAAUAAUUGGAAAAAGGUGAAAGAUGGAAUGAAUUGUCCUUUAAUUCGUCAUGAAGGGAAAGAACCAAACUCUCCACAUAAAAUUGCUGUGAAAUGUUGCGAGGAUUUACAGAAUUAUUCACGACAUAUUGACAAGCUAAUUGAGAAACAAACGUCAAAAGAAUUAGAGAAUAAUCGGUUGCGGCUCAAAACCUCAAUAGAGUGUGCUCGAUGGCUAGCAUUCCAAGCUUGUGCUUUUAGAGGUCAUGAUGAAAGCCUUGAUUCAAAAAAUAGAGGCAAUUUCAUUGAAUUGAUAAAAUUCACAUCAACUUUCAAUGACAAAAGAGAGCAAAUGGCCAUCAUUUUGAGAUUUGUUGAUAAAGAAGGUUUUAUUAAAGAGCGUUUUUUUCAUGUUGUGCAUGUUAGAGACACUACUGCAUUGACUCUAAAGAAUGAGAUAUGUGCUGUCCUUUCUCGUUAUAACCUCCACAUUGAAAAUAUUCGAGGUCAAGGAUAUGAUGGGGCUAGUAACAUGCGUGGUGAAUGGAAUGGAUUACAAGCUCUUUUUCUUAAAGAUUGCCCAUAUGCUUAUUAUGUACAUUGUAUGGCUCAUAGGUUGCAAUUAGCUCUAGUUACAGCAUCUAGAGAAGUAAAAGAUGUUCAUCAAUUCUUUGAUCAUUUGGUCAAUAUUAUCAAUAUUGUUGUUGGUUCUAGUAAGCGUAAUGAUGAAUUGCAACAUGCUCAAGCAGAACAAGUUGAGAAUAUGAUUGCUUCUAAUGAAAUUGAGACUGGAAGAGGUGCAAACCAGAUUGGUACUUUGCAACGAGCUGGAGAUACUAGGUGGGGAUCUCAUUUUCAAUCUAUUUGUAGUUUGAUUAAAAUGUUUGAUGCUACUUGCAAAGUUAUCAACAUUAUUUCUGAGGAAGGGGCUAAUUAUAAACAACGCGGUGAUGUCGAGGGAGCUUAUCAGGUAUUAACAUCAUUUGAAUUUAUUUUAAUCUUGCAUUUGAUGAAAGAGAUAAUGGGAAUUACUAAUGUUCUUUGUCAAGCUUUGCAACAACAAUCUCAAGACCUUUUAAAUGCCAUGCAUUUAGUUUCAACUACAAAAUCACUUAUUCAAAAGUUGAGAGAUGAUGGAUGGGAGCCUUUACUUGCUAGUGUUAUAUCAUUUUGUGAGCAACAUGAAAUUGAUAUUCCUGAUAUGAAUGCUCGUUACACUAAAGGUCGAGGUAGAUAUCGUCGUCAAGAUGACGAUUUAACAAUGGAACAUCAUUUUAGAAUUGGCAUAUUUACAGUUACAAUAGACUUUCAAUUGCAAGAAUUGAAAAGUAGAUUUUGUGAGCUAACAACGGAACUUGUCAUUCUUAGUUCAGCUUUAAAUCCCAAGGAUGCUUUUAGAUUAUUCAAGAUUGUUGAUAUAUGCAAUUUGGUUAAGAAAUAUUAUCCUCAAGAUUUCACUGAACAUGAACAAGAACUUUUGGAGUCUCAAUUGCGACAUUAUGAGCUUGAUGUGAUAAAACAUCCAGAUUUUCAGAAUAUGAGUACAAUUUCCGAACUAUGUAGGGGAUUAAAAAUUUCAGGAAAGUCUAAAAUAUAUUUUUUGAUUGAUAGACUUAUUCGUCUUGUGUUGACCCUUCCAGUUUCUACAGCAACUACAGAAUGA